AUGCCAGUUCUUGGAAUUGAUUUGGGCGCUCAAAAUUGUGUGGUUGGUGUUGCAGGACGAGGAGGAAUUGAUAUUGUUACCAAUGAAUACUCCCGAAGAUAUACUCCAGUUUAUGUUUCAUUCUCUGAGAAUGAACGAUUGAUUGGUGAGAGUGGUAUGACUGCUCAGAUUAGUCAUUACCAAAGAACCAUUUCUCUCAUUAAACGAUUCAUUGGAUUGAAGUACAGUCAACUUACACCAGAAGUCUUGCAAGCCAAUACCUCUGUUCCUAUCAUUAAAGGACCUAAUGAUGAAAUUUUGUUUAAGAUUGAAGGAUACAAACUCUCCGACAAUGACACUGAAUCAAAACUUCUCGAUCCUAUUCAAUUGUUGGGUAUGCUUUUCGGUAAACUUUUGGAUGAUGUUGAAAAAUCACUUGGUAUUCGUGAAUCUGACUGUGUUGUUACCGUUCCAUGCUACUUUAACGAAAUUCAAAGACGUGAUAUUGUAAAAGCAGCCGAAAUUGCUGGUUUGAAUGUUAUUCGUGUAAUGCACGAUGUCACUGCCGCUGCUUUAAGCUAUGGUAUUUACAAGGAUUUCACAGAUGAGCCACAAUAUAUUGCGUUUGUUGAUGUUGGUCACCAUGAUACCUCUGUCUAUGUUAUUGAAUUCAAAAAGUCUCAAUUGCGAGUUGUUUCUUGUGCAAGCGAUCCUCAUUUGGGAGCCUAUGCUUUUGAAAAGGCAUUGUUUGAUUACUUUGUUGAAGAAAUUAAGAAAAAGUACAACAUGGAUGUCACUACAAAUCCAAAGGCUACUAUUCGAUUGGCAAGAGAAUGUGAAAAGUUAAAGAAAUUCUUGAGUGCUAACCCUGUCUCGAAUUUGAGAAUUGAAUGUCUCAUGAAUGAAAAGGAUGUCUCAUUCCAAAUGAAGAAGGAUGAAUUUUUACAAUUGAUUCAACCAGUAUUUGCUAGAUUUGAAGCUCCAAUUGCAAAGGCCAUGCAAGCUGCUCAAUUAACAUCCGACAAGCUCGCCACUGUUGAAUUGUUGGGAGGUGCUUCAUACAUUCCAUUCGUCAGAGAAGCUUUGGCUAAAAUUUUCGGAAAGGAUAUUCAAUCAACCUUGAAUACUACAGAAUCUGUUGCUAAGGGUGCUGCCAUUCAAGCUGCCAUGAUCAGUCCCAAGUUCACUCUCGCUCGUGAAUUUAAUGUGGUCGAUGCUGUGUAUCAUCCAGUGAAUUUGGGUUGGAUUCCAGCUGAGAAUGAAGGAGACAAGAUGGUUGACGACAGUGAUGAAUCUGUUCUUUCGGUCUUGAAACAAUCCGCACUUUUCAAACAGUUUGAAGGUACACCAUCCUCAAAGAUGCUUACAUUCAACAAGAGUAAGCCAUUCGAUCUCUACACAGUGUACGGAGAUGAAUCUCUCCUCACUCCUGGAACAAGCCCAAUCAUGGCCAAGUUCACAAUUACUGAUCUUCCACAACGUUCUGAACCACUCAAGAUUAAGGUCAAGAUGAGACACAACUUGUUAGGAUUGGUUGAAGUUCAAGAAGCAUCUGCUUCAGAAGAGAUUGAAGUUGAAGAGGAGGAACCAAUUCCAAAGGAAGAAUUAGAGCAACAACAAAACAAGAUGGAUACAUCAAGCGAAGAAACAAAGCCAGCAGAACAACAACCAACAGAAGAAAAGAAGGAAGAAAAGCCAAAGACCAGACUUGUGAAAAAGAAGAAGACUGUCAAGCACAACUUGAAAGUUCUAUCCACUGUUCCAGGUAUUACCCAUGAGGCACUUAAAAAGUAUCAAUCCAUUGAACAAACCAUGAGAAAUCGUGACUUUGAAGUUCGUACCACUGCUGAAGCCAAGAACAGUGUCGAAAGUUUUUGUUAUGCCACUAAGGACAGAUUAUAUGAAGGUGGUGAUUUGUAUGAAUUUGUGAAUGACCAAGACAGGGACAACUUUAUGAACUUGUUGGAUGAAACUGAAAGCUGGUUAUAUGGAGAAGGUGAAAAUACUACCAAAUCUGUCUAUCAACAAAAACUUGUUGAAUUGAAGAAGGUUGGUGACAGAAUUGAAAACAGAUUGAAAGAAUUUGAACAACGACCAACAGCAGUCCAACAAUUACAAGAUACCAUCAAGGAAUAUCAAACGUUCCUUGAGAAUGCCAACACUGAGCAAUACAGCCACAUCACUCCUGAAGAAAAGCAAAAAGUGGCAGACAAGGUUACCGAGACUGUAAAUUGGCUCAAUGAACAACUGUCUCAACAAUCAAAGCUCGCCAAGAGUGAUGACCCAGUUUUGACAGGAGCCUUCAUCGAGAACAGAAAGAAGGAUUUGAAGAAGGUUUGUUCUCCUAUCGUGACAAAACCAAAGCCAAAGGAAGAACCAAAGAAAGAGGAACCAAAGAAGGAAGAACCACCCAAGACAGAGACUUCCACUCAAGAUGCCAAGAUGGAUGAGUCUCAAUAA